AUGUCGACAGAAAUCGAAACAAAAGGCAAAAAGCGUACACAUGAUGACGAUGAUGAAUCUAAUGGAGAUGCUGAAACAACGACAACUAGUUCAAAAAAAAAAUCUACACCAGUCAAAGCAGCAACAUCAACAACAAGAAAUAAAUCAUCACGUAAUGAUGAUGAUGAUGAUUCACAUGAAGAAUUAGAUGAUGAUUCAAAUAGUGUAGAAGUUAAUGCUAAAGGAUCAUCAAAACGAAAUGGAAAAGCAACUUCAACUAAUGCAGCUGCUGCUAGUGGCGAUGCUGAUGAAGGAGCUGAGUAUGAUGAUGAUGAUGAUGAAAAUUCUGAUGAUGAUGAUUUUAAAGAACAAGGUGAAGGUAGUGAAGGAGAAAGUGAUGAUGUUGGUAGCGAUGUAGAAGCCGCUGGUGAUGAUGAUGAAUCAAAAGAUGUUGUUGAAGAUGAUGAUGAUGAUGAAGGUGAAGAUGAAUCAAGAGAGUAA